AUGUAUCAAUUAGUAAACCCGACUAAAAAUCAUUUUUGUGAAAUUAGUGAUCACAGUCAAUUACAUCUUAGUAAUAACUAUUCACAAAAAUUAAUAAAACCCAAAACUCGUGUAUCAUCAAAAACAGGGAUUACAAUUGCUAUACCAACGCAAGAUCAAUUACAAUGGCAACAACAAGAGAUUGGUGUACUAAUUCAUUUUAAUUUGGCCACAUAUAUAGAUAGUGAUGGCUGUGGAGAUCGUAAACUAGUUCCUCCUGUUACGUUGUUUAAGCCUAUACUGCUCAACACUGAUAACUGGGUACAAACGAUGACUAAUCUGGGUGCUAAAUAUGCUGUUCUUGUGGCAAAACAUGCAUGUGGUUUCCUUCUAUCACCAUCUGAUAUUCAAUUUCCAUUAGCAACAGGCGAAAUGGUCCCCUACAAUUAUACAGUCGAUUACAGUCCUGUGAAAGGUGUGGAUAUCUUGCAAGAAUUUAUACAAAGUUGUACAAAAAAAGAGAUUAAAACAGGAUUCUAUUACAGUGUAGUGAACAAUAAUUAUUUGAAUAUUCAAAAUGGAAAAGUUGUUGAGAAUGAUACAUUGUCUAUUGGUCAAUUGAAUAUAACUCAACCGACGUACAAUACAAUAGUAUUGAAACAAUUAGAAGCCUUAUGGACUAAUUAUGGUAAUUUAGAUGAGAUUUGGUUUGACGGAGGCUAUACGGAAGAAUUGCAAGAAAAUAUAACACAGUUACUUCAAAAUCUGCAGCCACAUUCAAAUAUAUUCAACGGUUAUGGGCUUACACCGAAUCCUAUCCGAUGGAUAGGUACCGAACUUGGCACUGCUCCUGAUCCAACAUGGAGCACGGGAAUAACAAAUGACGGUGGUGAUCCUUCAAGUCCAUAUUUUUGUCCAGCUGAGUGCGAUACCACAUUACAAGUAAAUGAUCGUUGGUUCUGGGGUCAGAAUGUAAGUUUGCGAUCAUUAACAGAAUUAGUUGAAGUCUAUCAUAAAACAGUUGGUAGAAAUUGUAUGCUAAUGUUAGAUUUAACACCCGAUCGCAAUGGACUAAUUCCAGCUUCUUAUGCUGCACGAUAUAAACAAUUGGGUGAUUAUAUUCGCUCAUGUUAUGGCCUACCGGUGCCCUUUUCCGCUUCUAAAGCAUCGAAAAACACUUAUUUUCAAUAUUUUAACUUUCCUGUAAGUGCUGAUCGAAAUGUUUUACAAGAAGAACAAAUCCUAGGCCAGUUAAUACGAGAAUAUCGAAUAGAUAUUAAACAAGUGAAUGGUGCAGCAUGGACUUUAGUGGCAAAUGGUACAAGUAUUGGAAAUAAAAAAAUUGAUCUGUGGACACAGCCAUAUACUCUAACAGCUGUUAGAUUAAUAAUAACAAAGAGUGUCGAUAGACCAACACUUCAAGUAUGUCUUUAUCAUUUACGCGAUCAAAAUCGUUUUCAACCACAAAUAAUUCGUAUCAAUGAACAAUCAACUUGCCAACAAAUUCUAACACAAUAUGUACAAAAUCAAAAAUAUAAAUUAUUUGAAGUAUGUCUCGGUUUUGAGCGUGAAAUCCUUCCGAAUGAAUGUAUAUUCGAUUUAAUAUCAAGAAACCAAGCAUUUGAAGAAUUCAAAAUUGUCGUCAAAAAACCUACUGAAACGAGAUCUCCUCACCAUUUAUCAUCUCCAACACCUAUACAACAACAACAAAGAAUGCGUUCACCAAUAAAUGAAAAUAAUAGUAACAAUAAUAAUAAAACAGUAAUGUCAACAACACAACAGCAAAAUGGAAAUUUUCCGGGUUUUGGUGUUGAUUUAACGUUAUCUGAAUUACAAGAAAUGGCUCAACGUCAACAGCAACAAAUUGAAACAAAUCAGCAAUUAUUAUUGGCCAAAGAACAACGAUUAAAAUAUUUAAAACAACAAGAAGUUAAACAGCAACAAUUUACACAUGAAUCACAACGAUUAAAACGUCUCAAAGAACAUGUUGAACAGCAAGAGCUGAAACAUUUGAGAUUGAAACAAUUAAAAACACAAAUUAAUGAACAAAGAAAUUCGAAUUCAACUCUUGCAACCGAAUUAGAAAUAUUAAAAUCGAUUUUUAGUGAAAAAGAGCACGAAUUAACUCAGGCAGUAUCCAAAGUAGACGAAUUAACGAAACAAUUAGAUCAACUGAGAAAAAUGAAAAUGAACACGACGAAAGAACAAUCACAUUCAAGAAAUGAAUUGGAAAAGCUUAAACAAGAAUUAAUGGUACUAACUAUAUAUGCAUAUCUGCGUAAGCAGAAUAUUCGCAAUAAAUUAAACGAACAACAAAGUCGUAAAAUUGCUUAUCAACGUGAUUUAUAUUCACAAAAACAAGUGGAAGUAUCAAGUUUAGAUCGACGAAUUGAUGAUCUACAAGUACGAUUGAAAAAAAAACGAACAUUAGCUGCAAAUACACAAGAUUUAUCCUCGAGUGGUAUUCAUCAGCGUGCGGCACAGCAACAAAAUGGCCAACAACGAACAUAUCCGGCAAAUACUGCCAUUGUUGAACCUUAUAAAUCAUCACCAACCUCGCAACAAUCUGCCGGCUAUCGUUGUGCUUAUGAUACUGUUCAUGAGACAUUAAAUAAUUUGAAAAUAGCUGAAAUUGAAAAACGCAUGGUACAAUUAGCCAAUUCAUUUAAUACAAUGAAUGGAAAUUCAACAAACACAACAGAACAGUUAUCAUCACCUGUUUACAGACAGCAACAACUAAAUAACUCUACAUCAUCACCAACUAACAAUAGUCCAAAUAAACAGCAACAAAAAGUAUGUGUACUGGGAGGAAAACUUAAAUUAAGGACUUGUGUUUGUCAGCCUUCAACACAUCCAAAAAUCGCCUUCGCAUCCAAAAGUGAAAUAGCUGCCACGUAUAUGGCUCGUUCUGCUCCAUCUGUUCCUAGUUCGUCAUUUCAUUUACAAUCUCCAAUAACAAACGAUCAAUCUUCGACGCCAUCUCCCACUCUUCAACAACCACCGCCUUUGCCUUCAGCACUUCCUGUCAUCACCUCGUCAUCAAAAGAUGCGGCUGCAUUAUUAGACACAAGUGAUUCCGGAUCGGGCGCAUUACCGCUUGGUCUACGUCUGAAUGAUGAUAUUUUAUCAGUUCAUUUUAACGUAACAAAUACAGUCAAGAAACGUCAUUCAAUAACGGAAACAGAACAAUCACCAAACACAUACACACCUUAUUCACUAAUCAAAUAUUUAGUUCCAUCUGAUCAACAACAUCAGAACCAAUCAUCGUCACUAAUUCAUGUUCGCGAUGAUUCAUCUUCAACAACAACGUUGACGGAUACAAAAAUUUCUCCAACAACUGAGUCAUCGAAACAGCAACGCUGCUAUGAAAAUUUAAAUGAAAUUCAAACAAAUCUACACGAAGAUACAGUAACCAUCACGGAAAAUAAUAUAGCGUUACAUGAAAAUGGUUCCUUAUCGAGUUCUUCAUCGUCCGUUCAGUCUUCACCUCCAAUAUCCGCUUCAACAUCUCUAACUACGUUGACAACGACAACAACUGCAAUUCAAAAUCUAAAAUCGUUACUAAAAACACCACAGACACCAAAAAAUUUAUCACGACGAGUUAUGUUUGAUCCACUAGCAUUAUUAUUAGAUGCAGCAGUUGUGGGAGAAUUAGAUUUGGUUAUGAAAGCAGCUAAAGAAGUUGAGAAUGCUAGUCAACCAAAUGAUGAAGGUUUAACGGCGUUGCACAAUGCUGUAUGUGCGAGUAAUUAUGAUUGUGUACAAUUCUUGGUGGAAUUUGGUUGUGAUAUUAAUUUUGCUGAUAAUGAUGGAUGGACCCCGCUUCAUUGUGCUGCCUCGUGUAAUAAUCUGAAAAUGGUUCAGUUUCUUGUUGAACACGGUGCAUGUAUAUUUGCAACGACAUUAAGAGAUAAUGAAACAGCAGCUGAAAAAUGUGAAGAGGAAGAAGAAAAUUAUGUUUCAUGUUCACAAUAUUUGUUAUAUAUUCAAGAUAAUUUAGGUUUAAUGAAUGAUGGUGUUGUCAGUGCAUUGUACGAUUAUGAAUCCUCUCCGUUACAAGACGAAGAUAAUUCAAAUGAACUGACAUUUAAAGAUGGUGAUCAAUUGAUUAUUUUGAGACGAGGAGAUGAAAAUGAAUCGGAAUGGUGGUGGGCAAAACAUCAACAAAAUGAACAAGAAGGCUAUGUGCCAAGGAAUUAUCUAGGAUUGUAUCCUCGUGUUCGACCGGGCUCAAUGGCAUCAACCACGAUUAAUAGUGAUUCAAACAUAUAUAUUACAUUAUGUUCAGAUGAUGCAAAAGCAGUUGAACAAACAAAGCAAUAUAUCUCGUCAUAUAUACAUCCUAUCAAUAAACAGCCGAUCAAAUAUUCACAAAAACAUUCUGAAAUAUUAUGCGAUAAAGAACUGUUAAAUCGUUUAAUGACAGAAUAUGUUGUACAUAUUGAAUGUGAUAAUAUUAAACAUGAACUUUUAUUUCAAAGCUCCACUUUACCUCUACUAUAUAUGGCUGUUAAUGCCUUUCACGAAACAAAUAAAUCAUUACUAUCCGAUAAGGAUACAGAUAUAGAUAAUAUUUUAGUAAAUUUAGCUAAACAAUUCGAUAAUGAACUAUCAGCGUCAGCAGCAAAAGGAUCACUGGUCUGUUCAAACGAUCAACAAGAUGAUAAUGAAGAAGAAGAGGAAGAAGAAGAGGAAGAUGAAGAAGAUCAAACACAAAUAAUUCGUUCACCAGGAGCAGGUGUACAACAACGAGACGAUAAAAAUUAUAAACCAAAACAGCCAAAAUUAAAAACACACAUACCAGGAGCAGCUGAACCAUACACUGUUGGUUUUGAACAAUUUGUUAAGAAAAAUCCUCAUCAUUCAAAUAAAAAAGUAGAACGUCAUAUAACAAAUAAUAUUAAUGAUAAUGAACUUGUAGAAGAGAUAAAAAACAGUUUACAAGGAAAAAAUCUUCGAGAUGUUAUAAUCGAUGGUGCAAAUGUUGGAAGAACUUAUGGAAAUUCUGAAUUCUCUUCCAAAGGUAUAAAAUUAGCUGUUGAUUUAUUUCAUGCAUAUGGUUAUCCCGAUUCGAAAAUUGUUGUCAUUCUACCACCACAUUACAUGAAAAAAGAUCCACAUAAUUAUUUAAAUGCUUUAAUUCGACGAAAGAUUGUUCAACCAUCAUUUCAUCAAAAGAUUGCUGGUAAAAUAGUCAGAUUUUAUGAUGAUAGGUUAGUCGUUGAUUUGGCGGUGAUGAGACGUGGAAUUAUAUUAUCGAAUGAUUUUUAUCGUGAUUUACUUCGUGAUUCGGGUGUUGCCGUUUGUCAAACAAUAAAAGAACGAUUAUUAUGUUAUCGUUUUAUUGGCGAUAAUUUAUGUUUACCAAAUCCCGUACGAGAAGGUGGCCCACAACUAGAUAUUUUUCUUACCAAACAAUGA